GGGAAGCUAUGUAAGUACAUAUACGUGUGCUCUCUCUUCUUCACACGUGCUCUCCUUGAUCCAACUGCAAUAUCAAAGAGCUGGUCUCGAGAGUGAAGGUCCAAUUGGCGAUAAUCAAUAUGCAAGCAUUCCGCUCAGCACCAAGGGUAGCCUCCCAGUUCCGGUCUACCGGACUACCUAGGUUUGUGAGGGGAAUCACUACCAAUAAGCCGUACGAGCAUGUGCUUGUUUCGGUGCCAAAGGAGGGUGUUGGUUUGAUCCAGCUUAACCGGCCAAGGGCUCUCAAUGCUCUUUGCACCCCUCUGAUCCUCGAGGUCAACCAGGCCCUGCGUGACUUUCAAAAUGAAAAGUCAAUUGGUGCCGUCGUCCUCACUGGUUCAGAGAAGGCUUUUGCGGCAGGCGCCGACAUCAAGGAGAUGAAAGACCUUACUUUUAGCGAUGCGUAUGGCAACGACUUCAUAGAGUCUUGGUCAGAUCUUGUCACAUUCCUCAAGAAGCCUCUCAUCACGGCUGUCAAUGGUUACGCACUCGGAGGAGGCUGCGAGCUCGCCAUGAUGGGAGACAUCAUGUAUGCGGGACCUAAGGCAACAUUUGGACAGCCAGAGAUCAAGCUGGGCGUCAUUCCCGGUGCGGGUGGAUCGCAGCGCUUGACAAAGGCAAUUGGCAAAUCAAGAGCCAUGGAAAUUAUUCUUACGGGCGACAACAUCACUGCGCAACAAGCAAGUGAAUGGGGACUUGUUGCAAAGGUGUUCGAGACACCAGAGGCAUGCGUCGACGGUGCCAUUGCAACAGCGGCCAAGAUCGCAUCUUACAGUCAAAUCGCAGUCAAGGCGGCAAAGGAGGUGGUGAACAAGAGCCAGGAUCUCGGUAUUCGGGAAGGUGUCGAAUACGAGAGGAGGGUGUUCCAUGGCUUGUUUGGAAGCCAGGACCAGAAGAUUGGCAUGGCUGCUUUUGCGGCCAAGGAGAAGGCCACUUGGACAAACAAAUGAGCGACAAAACAGAGAUUACGUACAUGUAGUCGCCAAAUCAAGUCAUGAGUUUGCUCUUCA